GGAUUCUCAUGUGACAUUCUGCAAUGUCUCUAUCAUGAGCUAAAUGUCAGCAGCGAUAGAGUUUUUGCAUCCGAGCAACACUUGGACUUGGAGAAUAUAGCGGAUCUCACGACGAACUUCGAAGACGGGAACGAGGGUUCUCAAGAUGAGACCUCGCAAAUCCCCGUCCCAUGUCACAGUCUCAAGCGCCCUCAUUCAUAUCGCAUCGCGUCUUAUGAUUAGGUUCUUUAUGGCUCCGAUCGUGAAUGCGACAGAAGCGGAGGCGAAUGAAAUAGUUUUGUUAUUAUGGAGAGCUUUGGCCGUCGAAUUGCUGACACGUUGAGCAGGACUCCGGGAUUUGACACAAAUCAAAAGGCAACUACAUAUCUCGUGUGCCUUCACUGUUAUGUGCGAUGCAGGAAUAUGAAAUGCGCAAGGCACAUCUCAUUGUAUAGCUGCCUGAUACUCCGUCCCGGUACAGAGCCUUUAACCUUGUCUGUUCCCGGAAAUGGCUCGGAACAGUGCCAGUCAAAUGGCCAGAAGUCUAUUGGUCAGUCUUUGGUUCCUGCUGAUCGCAUCUUUCGCUUGCGUUGGAUCUCCGCAAUUCGCGCAGAUAGACGAAAUGCUGGGCAGAACUUAUUUGUCCUACUCUUCGGACACAAGUUUUCAACAUUGAGAAGUAGAGCGCCUUUCGGAGUCGAAAAAGUUACGGCGCCUGCAUGAGAUGAUAUGUGCUAAGAACUCGAAGCGGGUUAUGAUCCGUGUAACAGCACUGGGCUUGCCCUCUCAGAACCUCCGUAUUAUGUCUUUAGUAACGAAUAAGCGCCCAUGCGUAGUGUAUAAAGGAGGUUGGCCCAAGGUUCUAUCCACUACCAACAACGACUCUAACAGACUAACAUCAUGACUUCAACCGCUUGGCCGACUCCACAAGAUCUCGAUGACCUUCAGGGUGACAUUGUUCUCGGUAUUCCCAAGUUCGCUGAAGACUUUUUGUUCUUCAAUAUCACCAACGUCGCCAAUUUCAAGAAUGACCUUAAGCAGAUCGUCCCUUCCAUCACAACGACAACACAGGUUCAAAAGAUGCAGCAGCAGAUUGCGCAAAACAAGCUCGCUGGUAUAGUUGACCUGGUCAAGAUAUCUGCGAUAAACAUCGCAUUUACAGAGUCAGGCCUGAAGAAGUUGGGCGUCACUGACGACCUUGGAGACCAAUCGUUCAAUGCUGGACAAAUCGAAAGCGCCAAGGACCUUGGGGACGGAACGACAGAUUCUUCUGGCAACUUUGACCCCGGCUGGCUUGAUGCUUUUAAGAACGGCGUUGAUGGUAUCUUCCUGUUCGGUGGAGACUCAGAUGUAUCCAUUCUUGAAGGCGAGGCAAAAGUCCGGCUUGUCUUCGCUACCUCUAUUUCGGAGGCUCUCACCGUUCCCGGUCGUGUUCGUCCGGACAAAGAGAAGGGUCAUGAGCACUUUGGCUUCAAAGACGGAAUCUCGUUCCCUGCAAUCAAAGGAAUGGUUGAUCCUCUACCAGGCCAGAUCGAGGUCUCCCCUGGUGUUAUUGUUUGCGGUACCGAUGGUGACACCGUCUCCCGGCCCGCUUGGGCGAAGAACGGAUCUUUCCUCGUGUACCGCCACCUGAAACAAUUUGUUCCGGAAUUCAACGCAUUCCUCAAAAACAACCCGAUCGUUGACCCUCGCGUAGCAAGUGCUGACCAGAAUGAGCUGGUCGGCGCCCGGAUGUUCGGACGCUGGAAGAGCGGCGCGCCGAUUGAACUUGCUCCGUUUGCAGACGAUCCUACUCUAGCAGGUGACGCACAGAGAAACAAUAACUUCGACUUCUCGGAUAGCUCGACCGACCAGACAAUUUGUCCCUUCGCCGCGCACAUCCGUAAGACAAACCCAAGGGCUGAUUUGCUCAAAAUACCCGGAGGUGGUGGUUCCCCAGACUUCCUGCUGCCACGCAUGAUCAAUCGUCAAAGCAUUCCUUUCGGGCCAGAGGUCAAUCCGCUCUUAGAAGCGGAAAAGACGGUGCUUGAUCGCGGACUUGCCUUUGUCUGUUACCAAAGCAACAUCACCGCUGGCUUUGAGUUCGUCCAGAAAUCAUGGGUUAACACGGAAUCGUUCCCACCUCAGAAGCCAGUCCAGCCAGGAUUUGAUCCUAUCAUUGGCCAGAAAAAUGGCGCAGAACGCGAGAUGACUGGUCUCAACCCGAAUGCCCAGUCUCAACAGACGAAGCUGCCAUUUGAAUUUGUCCAGUCGAAGGGAGGAGCGUAUUUCUUCUCGCCAUCCAUCAGUGCACUCACGACAAAGCUUUCUGUAUAAGUAAAAGUAAUAACGAGAAUACAGUAGCACUAAGCUCAGAUGUAUAUCGGAAUUCCUUGAAUACAAAUCCAAUUCAU